UAAAGCCUUCCUCUCAUUCUCUUCCAUCCACAAACCUGCAUUACACCUUUCUAAUCAACUUCUAUGCUACAGAUCCAACUUCAACCUCAGCAUCUAAAAGAUGCAGGUCUACCGCGACAUCACGCAGCCGACCGCCAUCACCCACUGCGUCUCCGCAAACCUCAUCAGCCCCGAUCAGCCCAACCUCGUCGUCGUCAAGGGCUCCUCUCUUCUCCAGAUAUUCACAUUCGUCUCCCACGAAUCCCAGUCCUCCUCCACUGUCAUUGACGACGAUGACGAUGCCGCUCCAUCCACCCGCGACCAUUCGUCCGCUGCCUCGGCAUCUGCAAACGGUCAGCAAUCCGCAGCCGCCGAUGGCGACCAGCAGGAUCAGACAGACGACAACUUCCUGGCCGACAUUGGCCUAGAACAGAGCCUGACGACAUACCACACAAAACUUGUCCUUGUAGCAGAGUACGCGCUCAGCGGAUUUGUCACCGGCAUCGUGCGCGUUCGCACCGCAGCCGACCCGCGACUCGACUACGUCCUACUCUCCUUUGCGUCCGCAAAGAUGUCGCUCCUGUCCUGGGACCACGCGCGCCACACAAUCGCAACCGUGUCUCUGCAUUAUUAUGAAAAUCAGUCGGGGGUCUUCAGCGCUACGUUCAACACCGACGUCGCCGACUCGGCCGCGCUUCUUCGCGCUGAUCCGGGAAACUUCUGCGCCUGCUUCAAGUUUGGUAGCGAUAUGUUUGCUUUCCUGCCUUUCCGAAAAGAAGACGACGAUCUCGAGCUUUUCACCGGCGCCGGCGUGGGGAGCAGUGGCAAAAACGGAGAAAUCUCGCGUGUCUUUUACCCGUCUUUUGUUGUACCGGCUUCAAUGCUCAGCGACGACAUUGAAAAUGUUAUUGACGCCGUAUUUCUGUACGAAUACCGUGAACCAACGCUCGCGAUUCUCUACCAGCCAAAACGCACAUGGACCGGUCUCAUCCACGAAACCAAAGACACCACCGCGCUCAUCGUCGUCGCGCUCGAUCUCCAGCAGCGCGCGUCAACAGCUAUCCUCAGCAUCUCAAAACUGCCCUACGAUCUCGUCUCUGCGACCGCCCUCCCGGCGCCAAUCGGCGGCACCCUCCUUCUUGGCGCGAACGAGAUCGUGCACGUCGACCCUGCCGGACGCGCUGUCAGCAUUGCCGUCAACCCGUUCGCGGCUCAGACCUCCGAAUUCGACUUUAUCGAUCAAUCUGAUCUCGAGCUUCGCCUUGAGGGUUCAAAGGCCGUGUAUCUGCAGGACAAUCUCGUUCUGCUCAUUCUCGGCACAGGAGAUCUCUGUCUGCUUCGAUUCAUGCUAGAAGGCCGCUCGGUCGAGAGGCUUGAGCUGCACAGGCUUGACUUGGCUGACAAGCUUGUCGGCGGUGCGGCGUCGUGUCUCGAGAUAUUCUGGCACAAGAAGCGGUUGUUUGUCGGCUGCGCUGCCGCUGACGGUGUAUUACUCUCAUGGCGCAAGUCUGGCGACACCCGCAGAGGAAGCAGUUCAGCUGCUGCAGAGGCGACUGAGGACGCGUCGUCUGCUCUUGAAGCAGAGGCGUCGAACGACAACAGUAAUCUAGUCAAGUCAAAAGAAUACGACGACGUUGAAGAUGAAGAUCUUUACGGCGAAUCCUCGUCGUCGGGGGCAGCUAACAGUACCGCCGCCGCCGCUCUGGCUUCUCUCGACGAAGCUGCAGCCACCGACUCUGAGAGCCACAAGAAAUUCUCCUUCCUGGUCCACGACCGCCUCGUGAACCACGGCCCCCUUCUCGACGUCGCGAUCGGCUCAGUCGAAGUCCGCGGGAACGUAAGCCAGAACGCGGAAGUGAGUUCGAAACUCGAAGUCGUCGGCGCGCGCGGCGGGUUACCCCGCAGCGGAGGCCUCAGCGUGUUCCGGCGCUCGCUGACGCCGCGCGUGUCUGCGCGGUUCGCGUUCCCGGACUGCAAGGCGCUGUUCACGGUUAAGACCAAAUCGCGCGAUACGCUGACGAGCGGUGUUGACUCGGCGAUUGGCGAUCAGGUUGACAAGUACAUGAUCAUCUCGCGCGCGGACGAGAGCGUCGUUUAUGAUAUCAGUGAGCGGUUUGAGGAGGUUCGAGGCACAGAGUUCGAUCCCCGAGGCGCGACACUUGGAGUCGGCUCGAUCCUCGACGGCACGCGUAUCGUCCAGCUUUGCGCGACGGAGAUUAGAGUCUACGACUCGGAUCUGAAGAUGGUGCAGAUGCUGCCUGUGUACAUGCCGCCCGAGGACGAAGACGAGACGUCGGCGGACUGGUCUGCCUCUGGAGCCGACCCGGGACUUGUGGCGUACUCGUUUUCGCAGAAUGCGGUGCUGCUGCUGCUUGACAAUGGCGCUGCUAAUUUGCUGAUUGGUGGGGAGCAGAGCUUGGAGUUGAACGAGGAGCACAGAUUUGAGCAGGGCAUCGAGUUUUCCGCUGGAUGCUUAGCUUCGGUGCCGAAAUCGUUCCUUCCUGGGACUAAAGCUACAAAGUUUGAAGUCUCAAGGAAACGGAAACGGACAACUGAUAUUAUCUACGGGACCAGCACCGCAGCAAACAACUCUGCGCGGGAUGAUGUGGAUGAUGAUGAGGAUAGUACUGUUGAUGUUGCAAUCAUGGUCACUCGUCAGGGUGAACUACAGAUUUAUCGCAUUUCGGAUUUGAAACUAAUGUACAGCAUCAAGAACUGCGAUGUUCUUCCGCAGCUGAUCGAACGCCCCCCGGAGUCCUCUGAACACCCAUCAUCGCGCCGCCCAUCUAUGGCCGGCAGGCGAAGAUCGAGCAUGGGAGUUACCGCUAGCGCUGCUAACGAUCGCGUCAACAGCGCCAGUGGUAAAGAAUAUCAUAUCGUGGAGGUUCUGUACGCGUCACUCGGCGACUCUGUGAUGAGACAAAAUCAUCUCUUCCUGCGCACAGCAGAUGGCGACGUUGCGAUAUACGAGCCAUUCGUUCCGCCGUCUGGAAGUGGCGGUUCAUCUGCGUUGUCUGUCGGCGUGAGGUUUUUGAAAGUACAGAAUAUAAAGGUAGCCAGCUCGUCGCAGCCGCCCGCGAGCGAGGACGCUGAACAAUCCGGCGAUGCGGCAGCCGCUAGACGGAAUCAACUACGAGUUUCAGUUCUCUUUCCGCUCGUCAAUCAGAGCGGAUAUGACACGGUGUUCAUCGCCGACGGCGUGACGCGCGACAACAAUUCAGCGCCGGCCUCUAGCGGUGUCCCAGCAGGUCCUGAUAUUGUUCCGCCGACCGAGUCGCUCUUUGUCGUGAAGACGGCGAGGAGUCUGCCGAAGGCGAUACCGUUUGCCGGAGGGCCUGGCGUGAAGUUUAUCAAUCCUUUCCACUCAAUCACGGUAGAUUAUGGGUUUAUUUACGUGUCGAGGAAUGAUAUGGUUCGAGUGUGCAAGCUCCAGGACGAGUACUCGCUAGACGGGGCAUGGCCUGCGAAAAAGAUCACGAUGGACGAGGAGAUACAUGCGAUUGCGUAUCACUCAGACCAGAGGAUGUACGUUGCGUCGGUUUCGAAGGAGACGCAGUUCAGCUCAAAAGAGCAAGAAGAGGAGCGGUUGGCUGAACUUGAAGACGCCGACUUCCCGGCCUCUGUUGACCAAGGGUCGCUGAAACUGAUAUCGCCUAGAUCUUGGAUAACCGUCGACAGCUACGAUUUCGCGCCCAACGAGACAGCGCUUGUCGUCCGCGCAGUCAAUCUCCAGCUCUCGGAAUCCUCGCGUGCAAGGCGAAAGUUCAUCGCCGUCGGCACCGGCGUGUUCUACGGCGAGGACCAGCCCUCCAAAGGCUUUGUGUAUAUAUUUGAGAUCAUCGAGGUUGUGCCCGAGCCCGGCAAGCCGGAACAUAAUCACAAGCUCAAGCUGAUUGUGAAGGAGGACGUGCGCGGGGUCGUGAGUACGUUAUGCGAGAUCAAUGGUCAUUUGCUUUCGGCGCAGGGCCAGAAGGUCAUGGUGCGCGCGCUCAGAGAGGAUAUGUCGUUUUUGCCGGUGGCGUUUAUGGACAUGAAUAUGUAUGUGUCGGACGCGAAGAGCAUCAAGAACAUGAUCCUACUGGGCGACAUCAUGAAGAGUGUUUGGUUCGUGGGCUUUUCCGAGGAUCCGUAUAAGAUGCAGUUAUUCGGCAAAGACCUGAGACAUGUCGAGGUAGUUGCCUCGGACUUUGUCAUCAGCGGCGACCUUUUACACUUUGUGAUUGCGGACGCGAAUCGUAAGAUUCACAUACUGCAGUACGAUCCUGAUGAUCCGAGGUCGUUGUCCGGGCAGCGGUUGAUCGCAAAGUCAGAGUUCUUCACCGGGCAUAAUAUCGAGGCGUUCACGAUCAUCCCGCAAGCACAGCUGCCAAUCUAUCCGACGAUUGCUCCGUCUACUACGAUACCCCCCGCCUCUGCGGCUACGGCCAAGGGUGAGGCAGCAGAUGGCUCGACCGAGAACGGAGAAUCUGAUCCCGCUUCAAACGAUCUCCAGCCCACUCCCGCCCCACCAACUCCGCAGCAACCGCAGCAGCAACAAAUGUGCCUAGGCGUAACACAGUCCGGAAACCUCGUCUCCGUCCACCCGGUCUCGGAGAUGACCUACCGCCGCUUAGUCGUCGUCCAGCAGCAGAUGGCCGAGAAAUACGAGCACGUCGCGGGCCUCAACCCGCGCAUGUACCGCUCUCUUUCCGCCAACGCCGAGCUCUCGGGCUCGGCCACCCGCGUCGUUCUCGACGGGAACCUGCUGCUGCGGUUUCCGCGGCUGCCGCUGAAUCGGCAGAUUGAGAUCUCUGAGAGGGCGGGUAAAGGCGCGGAGGCGAUGAUUUGGAAUCAUCUGUUUGAGCUGGAGAAGUCGUUGAGCUAUAUGUAGUGCUAGAGAGUUGGGCGCGAAAAUUGUUGAAGUGUAAUGUAUUUUUAUGAUGGGGGGUGUAUAUUGUGCAAUAGAAUGGUUAUAUUCAUUUUUAUACGUGUAGCUCGG